UACUUUCAUUUGUAGUCGUCGGUUCGAUAUUACGGCAACUGCUACAGCUAAGGCCCCUGUCAUCAGUUAUAUAGUUAUAGUUAGUACUCCGUGAGAUUGUGUUUCCGCAAGUCGAAUCGCACGUGUGUGGUAAAGCGAAACUUAAUCAGAGACUGAAUUGAAUAUUUUAAUAAAAAUCAGUUUUCCAAUUUUACGCGCCCGGCGGCGAGUGAACAAAUCAUUUCCCGCGCAAAAUAAAUAAUUAUGAUAAAAUUAUAAUUAGCAGUUGAGAAAGUGAUGGACUGAGGUGAUGUUGAUGAUGCGAGGGCGAUUUGAUCGAUCGAGGAAGAAGAAAUAAUCGAUAUUCGGUCGAUUAAACAAUAAAUCGCGGACUUGAGGUCGAUCGAGUGUUGACAAGUGAUUUCGGUGAUUGUUCGACUGAUUCGACUGCGAUAAAAAAUUAAAUAACAUAAAUUUUGGAUUUUGGAGGGUUAAUAUGACCGACCGCCAGAUGAUUUCGAAAAAAUUCCUCCAACGAAUCGCGGUUGUAGUCGUCGUGAGUUUAUUGGCAGCGAGUUUUUUACAUUUUUGCAAUUACAGGCCUAAACAAACAUUCUUGUCAUGUGAUCGGCCCUGUCAUCACCUGGACUGGCCGAUGAUCUGUCGGGUGAAGUUGACAUUAGAACCCUUUCAUUCUCUCAGCAAGGCUUGUGGUAAUUGUUUGGUGAAUGAAACCUCGUGUUUAUCGAAACAUUGCGUUUCUGUCGAUGGACAUCGGCGAGGAAUACUGACAGCCAAUCGGCAAUUACCAGGGCCCAGUAUUCAGGUCUGUGAGAAUGACAUUUUGGUUGUUGACAUUGUCAAUCGAUUGCCCGGAAGAGCGGCGGCUAUGCAUUGGCGGGGCCAAAAUCAAAUCGAAACUCCUUCAAUGGACGGAGUUCCUCUGGUCACCCAGUGUCCAAUACCAAGUUAUACAACUUUUCAAUAUAAAUUCCGAGCCUCCGUACCAGGAACCCAUCUCUGGCACUCUCAUUCAGCGUCUGACAUCGCCAACGGAAUUUUUGGUUCCUUAAUCGUCAGACAAGCGGACGUAAGGGAGCCCCAUCGUAACUUAUACGACAUAGACGAUCCUAGUCAUGUAAUACUCAUCUCCCAAUGGCACCAUUCAGUUCAAUCUGAUGACGUCACCACUGACCACGGGGUAUCCAAAAAAUCGGCGUUACUACUCAUCAACGGAAAGGGCCGACAGCCGCACGAUUCGAAAAUGCCCUUAUCAGUCUUUACCGUUAUACCCGGCAAAAGGCAUCGAUUCAGGAUAGCUCAUGCCGGUGGAGCUGGCAUAUGCCCAGUUACAUUUUUAAUUCAUCGACACUCGAUCCUCCUCAUCGCCCUGGAUGGUCAUCCCGUUAAACCACUACCAGUCCAGGAGAUAACACUUGCCAAUGGUGAAAGAGCCGAUUUCAUUUUGGAAACGAGAGGGAGAAAUAACGAUCAGUACAAUAUUACGGUGAAAACCAUAAAAUCGUGCAGAACGGGUUCAACCAGUGGCUCGGCCAUAUUGAAAUAUGAAACGCCAAAUUAUUUGAACGAAAUUGAUGAAUCGACGAUGACGAAAUCAGCGAGUAAAAGAAAGAUGACGACGAAUCCCGCGGAGAAGUGUCAGACAACUGAAAAUGUUUGUGUUACAGAAGUCAAGGCACUGAAAGCAUUGCCAUUGGCACUCAGCGAACCCAAAACCCAAAUCACAAUUUAUCUGCCAAUUAAUCAGCAAACACUGGUGUCCAAUAUUGCAGGGGAAGAUAUGAAGCGGCUGAGUAUGAAUAACGCAAGCUUCAUAUACCCUUCGUCACCCCUGCUAACUCAGGGCGCUGAUGUCCCAGAGGAUAUCCUGUGCUCUGGCAGCGAUCCUAAUCUGUCGAAUCACUGCAAAAAACAGGAAAGCGGAGGGACUGAGUGCGAAUGUGUCCAUUUGAAGCGCAUUCCAUUGGGCGCAACUGUGGAAAUUAUUCUCUUAGAUCAAGCUGGCCGAGACGAUCUUAUCUAUCACCUUCACGGCUAUCACUUUUACAUCGUUGGUGCCAGGUAUUUUGGUAAAAGCGAAAGCCUCGACCACAUCAAAGAAAUGGAUAAAAAUGAUGCUCUAUUUACUCGUAAUUUGGCUUGCCCACCACUGAAGGACACGGUGAUAGUUCCAAAGUUCGGAGCAGUGGCGAUUCGAUUCAAAGCUGAUAAUCCAGGCUAUUGGAUGCUUCGUGAUGAGCACGCACCCGAGUGGACCCGAGGGUUGGACGUGAUUCUUCAGGUGGGGGAUGCAACUGACAUGGUACCAGCCCCCCAGGACUUUCCAAAAUGCGGAUCGUUCGUUGGGCCCGACUAUUUCCUCAUUUAACUACUCCCUACGACGGAAAAAUUUAUGAAAAAUAUAUAAACCCCAUGACACCCACAUUUUCCAUAUUUUUCAAACUCCAAAUUUUUCCGUGUCUUCACUAUCAAAAAGAAAAUCCUGUAUAUAAUGUUUUUGUACAUAUUAUUAAGAAUAAUUCGAAAAAACAAAAAGUAUUUUUUUAUUUCAUUCCAUUUUUUUUUCAUUUCAUUUCAAUUUUGUGUUUCACUUUUUUUACGGUGGAAUGUGCUUGACAGGAAGGGUUAGGCCUUAUCAUGUCUUAUUUCCUAGAUGUGAUAGGGGCAUUAUUAAUCCCCCGUGAAGUAUUUAUCCUCCAGCACCGAGUCCUCCGGGAAUACGGAAAAACGGCUGUUGGGCCUGAUUUUGUCCACACUUUCCCGUCAUUUCUGGUCCUGGCCGCCCUCGUCGUCGUCGUCAGGAGAAAAUUCAACGUUAAAUACCUCAACAUCACUCACAAGUCGUUGGAAAAAAUACUUCAAGUAAAAUAAUCGACUUAAGGGCUCAGUUAUCUAAAAUCUCAAUGUCAAUAACACAAUUUUUCGCUGAUAAAUCAAGAUUUUCGUCAAGUGGAUUGUCAUCAGCUCUGGCCUUUGGUACUGGCUGAUCUUUCAGAGAAUACUCUACUGCAGCAUAUGGUCGUACUGGAAGCACGAAAUUGAACUCCAAUAUUCUCACGUCCUGUGGUGGCAACGGGUCUGGCAGUCGCUUUACCCACCACCAGCAUCACCACCUCCCAUUUCUGCCAGUUUUGUCAGUUGGAUUCUGUCAAUGAUCAUCAGUGGAGGGAUUUUUUACUGCUCCCUGCACCUUCAGAGUCUGACAAAAAAAUUCCAGAAGGCGAUUUUCCUACUGAUAGCGCAUGUUAAAUUAGAGAUAAAAAAUAUGCAGAGGGGCAGACCCCGGGAAAUUCAUUUCUCAUCACACGAAGACAGGGAAUUAAUUCCAGAAGCUCCUGACAAAAGUGAAAUCAGCUCUUUUUGCGACGAAUGCCACUCGAAUAUUUCAGCUGAAGGUCUAGAACAAAAUGAAAUGUCUCAGAGACCAUUCGCAAUUAGUAGUAGAGGUCAAUCAGCGUUCCACACCGAUUCUCACAAAAUAAUGAAGACUAAUUCUAAUUAUGUUGCUGAUGAAUCGACGCAUCAUCGCAGGAGUUUAUUCACCAUAAUUUCCAAUAACUCGAAUGAAAAGUUUUGAUAAUUUUUGAAAUAUCCAGGAUUGUAUGUAAUUUACGUAAUUUGAUAAUAAUUUCUAUUAAUAGACUCGAAAAAAUUAUUUCAUUCCCCCAUGAGGACAGCACCUAAUUGCACUAUUCGACCAACAAUAAUCUCGCAACUCGUUAAUAAUAAUAUCGAGUGAAAUUUCUAGAUAAUUUCCGACGAUCCCCGGCAAAUGCUCACGACAUUUUGCGCAUCAACCCCUAACCAACCCCUUCAGUUAUGAAACCAAAGAAAAAAUUAGAAAAAAAUGUUUUCGAAUGCCCAUAUUUAGGAUGAACUCUCAAAAAUUUAUAAAUAAAUUUGAAAAAUUGUCACAGUCACUCAGAUAUCAGUUCAACCCCCGUAAAUUUAUUUACAACCCGAUUGCAUCAACGAAACCCCGAGGCAAUUAAUUUACUCCCCCAUGAGGACAGCACUUAAUCGCACUAUUUUAUCACUAACAAUCUCACGGUUCGGUAACAAUGAUAUCGAGUGAAAUUUCUAGAUAAUUUCAGACAACCCCUAAUAAAUAAUGACGACAUUUUGCACAUCAACCACUAACCAACCCCUUCAGUUAUAAAAACAAAGAAAAAAUUGGAAAAAAAUCUUUUCGAAUGCCCAUAUUUAGGAUGAACUCUCAAAAAGUUAUAAAUAAAUUUUAAAAAUUGUCACAGUCACUCAGAUAUCAGUUCAACCCCCGUAAAUUUAUUUACAACCCGAUUUCAUCAACGAAACCCCGAGGAAAUUAAUUUACUCCCCCACGAGGACAGCACUUAAUCGCACUAUUUUAUCAACAACAAUCUCACGAUUCGUUGACAAUAAUAUCGAGUG